AUGGUUGAAGCUUCUCAACUUGCUAAUUUUUCUGAUAUCCGAUGUGAUAUUCCCGAGCUCAGAGGAGAUAACUAUAAGGUGUGGAAGGAAAGAAUUCUCCUCCAUCUAGGAUGGAUGGACAUAGAUUAUGUUAUUAGGAAAGACGAACCACCUGCAAUUAUAGAUGAAAGUACUCCAGCUGCAAUCGCUGCGCUAUAUGAGCGGUGGGAGAGAUCCAACUGGCUCAGUGUGAUGUUCAUUAAGACUAAGGUCACAGGUGGAAUACGUGGUUCUGUCGAUCAGCAUGAGAAUGUCUGUGAUUUGCUGAAAGCCAUUGACGAUCAGUUCGUCACUUCUGAAAAGGCUUUGGCAAGCACAUUAAUUAUGAAAUUUUCCUUCUACCGACUCACCAGUGUGAAAGGUGUGUGUGAGCACAUAAUGAAAAUGCGUGACAUUUCAGCUCAACUUAAGAAACUUAAGGUUGAUAUGUCUGACUCCUUCCUGGUGCACUAUAUUCUGAACUCUCUACCGUCUGAGUAUGGGCCUUUCAAGAUCUCCUACAAUACACAUAAAGACAAAUGGUCAAUCAAUGAAUUAAUGAUCAUGUGUGUUCAGGAAGAAGAAAGGCUUGUAAUGGAACAGAGUGAGAGUGCAUUGCUGACAAGCACUCGCGGGAAGAACAAAGCUUUCAAAACUGACAAGUAA